UUGGUCGACUUUGAAGGUCCCAAUGAUCCCGAAAUGGCGGUCAACUGGCCAGUGUCAAGGAAAUGGCUCAUUGUGUUUGUCCUCGCGGCCAUGAGCUUUAUUGUCGCCCUGGGCUCGUCAAUUGCUGCGCCGGGAGUGAGUCAGGCUGUGCUCGAAUUUGACCAGGACAGCGAUAUACUCGGUCCUUUUGUCGUCAGCGUGUAUAACGUUGGACUGGCACUUGGACCACUCCUCGUCGCACCCAUGUCCGAACUCCAUGGCCGUCUCAUCCCUUACCAUGUCACCAAUGUUCUGUUCACCCUGUUCACCGUGGGCUGCGCGGCGAGCCCGACCCUAGGAACCCUUAUUCUCUUCAGGUUAUUGGCAGGAAUGGAGGCGUCAGCAGUAUUGACAGUCGGGGGUGCGACGGUGGGCGACCUCUUUAUUCAAGAAGAGCGCGGCCGAGCCAUGGCUGCGUGGACUUUUGGUCCUCUGAUGGGUCCAGCUAUCGGACCUGUGCUUGGAGGCACCGUGACUGAGCUGAAGGGGUGGCGAUGGGUUUUCUGGAUAGUUGCGAUUCAGGGUGCUGCUACCACACUGCUCUUCUUCAUCGUUGUACCAGAGACCUAUCCUCCUGUUAUACUCCAGCGCAAGGUGAACCGGCUCAGACGAGAAACUGGGAACAAUUCCUUGAAAUCAAGCCUAAGCGACGAUCUUAGCCAACGAGAGCGUAUCCUCCGAUGCAUACGACGUCCGUUCAUUCUUCUGUUCCGCUCACCCAUUGUUCUCCUAUUUUCAAUAUUCAUUGCAAUUGUUUACUCAUACCAGUUCCUCCUUUUUGUCACAAUACCCACCGUCUUUGGCGAGAUAUACGACUUCUCAAUCGGCGAGAUCGGACUCGCAUACCUUGGCAUAGCCAUUGGUCUCCUCAUUGGGAACAUGAUUUUCGGCUUCGCUUCCGAUCGACUUCUCUCGAGAAUGAGCCAAGGCAAAAGUCCCAAGCCGGAAUUUCGCCUUCCCCUCAUGAUACCAGCGGCGCUUUGCAUACCAGCCUGCUUAUUCAUGUAUGGCUGGACUGUCCUUUACAAGGUCCACUGGAUAGUCCCUAUAUGUGCCACCUCUCUUUUGGGGGUAGGCCUUAACCUAUCCUUGAUGUCAGUUCAAACGUACCUUGUGGAUACAUACACCAUGUACGCCGCGUCUGCAUUGGCUGCCUUGGCAGUUCUGCGAUCUAUCCUGGGCGCUUUCCUCCCUCUGGCAGGCCCGCCCUUGUAUCGUGCUUUGGGUCUCGGCUGGGGAAACUCAACCCUCGGGUUCAUUGCGCUGGCCCUGGUUCCGGUGCCGCUCCUGUUUUUACGGUAUGGCGAAGCUGUGCGGACGAAUCCCCGAUAUCAACUAGAUUUGUAGGGCAAGCAGCGCUUUCACAAUGGAUGUACAGAAAGUGUGCCAAAAAAACAGAAAGGCACCCGAUUUAUAUUGUUUUCCCAAGCCUGGGUUGGAAGAGGAAACACUAGGAAAACAGGUGAGAGGGAGGAAAAUUGAGCCGUACCAAACCUAGUUGGCUGCGAAUCCGUGUGUCUAGAUGUUAACGGUAUUUGUUUCCCUGUCAUUUCGAGUAGUGAAACCGCCGAACUUGAACUUUGUCGCUGCUACAGGGUAGGUCGUGAAUCGUUGCUGGCCCCCGAGGCACCCUGAUGGACUCGGGGAUAGUCUACGUAUUUCUGCACCAAUAGAAGCACACUGGCUUACAACCUACUCCGUAUUCCGCAAUUGCAAGA